AUGUCUGCCGCCAACGUUUCUCGGCAGUUCGCCCGCGCAGCUCUGCGUACCGGAGCUCGCAACACGUUUGCAACCUCGUCUCGCCAGGCUUUCCGCCAGAACGGCCGUCGUUUCUACUCCUCCGAGGCCCCUCAAAAGUCCAGCUCGUCGGCACUCCUCUAUGUUGCUGGUGCUGCCGUCGUCGGUGGCGCUGGUUUCUACCUCUUCAACUCUAGCAGCUCCGCCUCGGUCAAGACCUUUGUGCCCACCCAGGCCGACUACCAGAAGGUGUACAACGAAAUUGCUGGUCGUCUGGAGGAGAAGGAUGACUACGAUGAUGGCAGCUACGGCCCCGUCCUCGUCCGUCUCGCUUGGCACGCUUCCGGUACCUACGACAAGGAGACUGGCACUGGUGGUAGCAACGGUGCUACCAUGAGAUUUGCCCCCGAGUCUGACCACGGCGCCAAUGCCGGUCUCAAGCACGCCCGAGACUUCCUUGAGCCUGUCAAGGAGAAAUUCCCUUGGAUCACUUACUCUGAUCUCUGGACCCUUGCCGGUGUUGCUGCCAUUCAAGAGAUGCAAGGUCCUACCAUCCCUUGGCGCCCUGGCCGCGCCGAUGGAGAUGUCGCUGCCUGCACCCCUGAUGGUCGUCUGCCCGAUGCCGCCCAGGGCACCAAGCACCUGCGCGACAUCUUUUACCGCAUGGGCUUCAACGACCAGGAGAUUGUCGCCCUCGCUGGCGCCCACGCCCUCGGUCGCUGCCACACUGACCGCUCCGGCUUCGACGGUCCCUGGACCUUUUCCCCCACCGUCCUGACCAACGAUUACUACACCCUGCUGCUCAGCGAGAAGUGGAACGUUCGCAAGUGGGAUGGUCCCAAGCAGUUCCAGGACAAGGGCAAGACUCUGAUGAUGUUGCCCGCCGACGUUGCCCUCAUUGAGGACAAGGCCAUGAAGCCCUACGUCCAAAAGUACGCCAAGGACAACGACGCCUUCUUCAAGGACUUUAGCUCCGUCAUUGUCAAGCUCUUUGAGCUCGGCGUCCCCUUCAAGGAGGGCACUGAGAGUUUCACUCUCAAGCCUACCAACGCAUAA